UUAUCCUACCUUAAAGCAAAGAUUAGAAAGUUUAAUUAAGAUUAAGACCUGUCGAAAAUGCCUCAAAGGAGGACACAUAGAGUCCAACUGUAAAAAUUCUCUGAAAUGUUUUUAUUGCAAAAAAUCACAUAACAGCGCACUCUGUCACAAUAGACGAGAAUUUAGGCAAGCAGUCUAUGAUGCAUCAGCACAUAUAUGGUGUAUAUUAUUUCGUUUCCGAAUAAUGAGGAAAGUAAUCACCUCCGACAUUAAAAAAGGCAUUUUCGCAAAUAGAAUUACAUCCCGAAGACAGGAAUUGCACCAGAUUUCUUUGGUGGAAGGAAUAAACAAAGGGGUUUCUGAAGAAAAUCUACAAGUCCCAUUUCGAUUAUCAGCUAUUAAUUAUCAUCUGGAAUCUUUAGAGGUAAGAAAGAAUCUUUAUGUUGAUAACGUUUUGAUAUCCGCAGAAGACAAGGAGGAAAAUUUAGAGAAAUAUUUUGAAUUAAAAACUAUUUUUGAGGAAGCCUCAAUGAAUAUUAGAUAA